CCGAAUAAACUCUCACAACCAAGUUAAAUCCCUCUUUUUUUUCUCUCCCACCAGAAAUUCAAACGAAAAAAAACGAAAAAACAAGAUGGCGGACUCUCCCUUGCCCGCCUCGCCAUCGCCCAAUAAAUUUGAUUCCUUUGACCUGGACGUUGGCACUGGCGAAGAAGGAAGCACGACCUCGGCACUCAGUGGCUCACCCUCACCCACGCUCACCCUUCCGCAAGCAGGCAGGGAGAGCGACCGCGCCGCAUUGAUAAAGGAGGUCUCGAUGUUCUAUAAAGAGCGAUACCGUCUUGCUAGAAUGCACAGGAAGGCGGAACUCAGAGUGGUCACUAGUCUUAAGAGGAGAAGGCAGAGCGAAGAAGCAGGAGAAGAGAUGGAGGAGGAGGAGAUCGACGGCGGGCGUGUGGAUUGGGCGGCCCAGGCAGCUCGGGCGCGGGCGUCUCUCCUGCAGGCGGAUCAGAACGCCUCCGCACAAGAGUUGCAGUAUCGGUUGCUCCUGGAGGAGGCGCGGGAGAAGGCGGAGAGGACGACGCUGCAGGCGAAUGAAGCAAUGGCCAGCUUUCUCCAUCAGCAGAAAGCUCUAGUCAAGUACAGCUUCUCAGCUGUACCUCCGGAGAAAGGCAGAGGAGAGGCCGUAGAGCAGCUUCUGAAGCGACAGCAGCAGGUUGAGGAUCAGCUGAAGCAAGCGAGAAGCACGUACUUCAGCUUGGCUUUGAAGAAACGGCAAAAGGAAGACAGAGUAAAGAAGCGACAAGAAACACAUGAGGAUCAGGUUGAUUUCUCCAACUUCCCUAAACUGCUCGAGCGAAUCUUUUACAAUAUGAUUACUUAUACGGAAAUUGCUCGACCAGUCAUAACAAGUGCUAGUGUCUGUGGUCCCGAGCCAAUGUAA